CUCUGGAGAGGCACAGACUCAGGCAGGGGCUGAAGUGCCACUUUCUCAGCAUUGACAGUGCGGGCAGCAUCUUCUCCCAGCCCGGGUACAGUAACUGCUACACGCGACAUAUCCUUCGGAUCGGGACAGGAGAUUCGGGUUUGCUCCAUCCAUGCGAUCCGAGCCCGACUGAGAGCACCAUCCACCUGGAUAAGCGGCAUCAGCCUCAGUGCAGGGAGAAGACGGACGCAAGCAUCGCCACGAGAAUAUGAUGCUCCACCAGCACUUGCUUUUUGUGCUCUACAGCUUCAGUGGGAUUGUCAUUAAAGAGGCGGCAACGAAAAACAAAGUGAAAGGUAGCCAGGCUCAGUUCCCCAUCACCCAGAAUGUGACGGUGGUCGAGGGCAGCACGGCUAACAUGACCUGCCGAGUGGACUAUAAUGAUAACACCUCCCUCCAGUGGUCGAAUCCAGCACAACAGACCCUCUUCUUCGGGGACAAGAAAGCAUUAAGGGACAACCGGAUUGAGCUGGUUCGAGCCUCUUGGAAGGAGUUGACCAUCAGCAUCAGUGACGUUACCCUGUCAGAUGAAGGGCAGUAUACAUGCUCUCUCUUUACCAUGCCUGUCAAGACCACCAAGGCCUUUCUGACUGUGUUAGGUGUUCCAGCGAAACCAGAAAUCACAGGCCUCUCGAGACCUGCCCAGGAGGGGGAGGACGUCACACUGACAUGCACCACAUCUGGCAGCAAACCGGCUGCUGACAUCCGAUGGUUCAGAAACGACAAGGAGGUGCAAGGUCAGAAGGAGGUAAACGCCAUUGGGAGGUCAUUCUCGGUCAGGAGCACCAUACAACUCAAGGUGGACAGGACAGAUGAUGGAGCAGCAUACACCUGUGUGGUGGAGCACAUAGCUCUGGGCACCUUGCCACACCAGGUUACAGAAGUACUGGAGGUCCACUAUCCUCCUCAGGUAGAGAUUGUGCGCUCAGUAAUAGUACCUCAGGAAGGACAAUACUUCAAACUGGAGUGUGUAUCCAAAGGCAACCCACUACCUGAGCCAGUUUUGUGGACAAAAGAUGGAGGUGAGCUUCCUGAUGUUGAACGAAUGAUUGUGGAGGGUAGAGAUCUAAUCAUAACAACACUGAACAAAACAGACAACGGCACAUAUCGCUGUGAGGCCAGCAACAACCUCGGCACCAACCGGGAUGAGUUUACACUCUAUGUGUACGAUCCCAACGCUCUGAUGCAGCCCAGCCCCGACCACGCGCUCAUCGGUGGAGUGGUGGCCGUGGUGGUCUUCAUCACCCUGUGCUUCAUCAUCGUUCUGGGCCGAUAUCUGGCCAGGCACAAAGGGACAUACUUAACCAAUGAGGCCAAAGGAGCGGAGGACGCCCCUGACGCAGACACUGCCAUCAUCAAUGCGGAGGGGAACCACGCACAUGCAGAGGAAAAGAAAGAGUACUUCAUUUAGCACCUCUGUUUUUUCUGUUCAGUAUUUUCACGGCAACACUGCGAGCCAGCAGAGGAGGCGUUAUAGUCCCUCAUAGCACUAGUCUGGUCUGGCUUUACUCCCUCUUUGUCUCCUCGACUCUAGUCUGAGUCGUUUCGCGAACCUCUUUAAGGCCAAAUUUGACACGCAACUAGCUGCAAAAGAAUGUUGCCUUUGGUUAAACCAAUCGUAACCGUCCAAAAAAUAAAAAAAAACAAAUAAUCAGUUGAGUUUGUAACUGUAACACCAGGUCCAUUUAGGCCAGAAAACCCUAUCCCACCCUUUCAAAAUAACCCCCGUUUGAUUUGCCAAGUGCCAAAAUAUACAGACAUGUGCCUGUCAUGUUUGUUGCUGUGUUUAUUCAUUCAAUUUCCCAGUGAAUACUGAUUUCUCAACUACCCUCACUUGUGCCUGUUAUAUACCUUUUUACAGAUAUUACCAGGGAGCGGCAAGAAAUGUGGUUCAUCUCAAGUCGGAAAACCUUGGCUUUGCCAAUAAUUACGCUUUAAGACAAGAAUACGUGAGAUGUAUAAUGUAAAUAUCAUGUACUGUCUUUGUUUGUGUGUGCGUGUCUGUUGUUUUCCAUUUUGAAAGUGGGUGUUUUUUUGGUAUUUCUUAUUUUUUUUUUUUAAGUACGCCCUGUAAUAAAGAAUGUGCCCAAGAGAUACAGACAAUUAUGUAAUGUACAUACACCCAAACAAGCCGACGGAUUGAAAGUGGCAGGAACUCGAUGAAGCACAAAUGAGAAUUGGUGUGUAGCCAUUAGAAGCGAGAUUAUUUUCUAUCUCCAUCAUACCUGUCUGUAUAUCCUUGCACUGUUAAUACCCCCCCCCCCCCCCCCC